UGUAAAUUGCUGACUGCCAUCCCUAAUAGCGUGUUCACGAGAACACAACAUAAAAAAAUAUGAUUUUAAAUAACAUGAAGAGUAUCAAAAGUAAAACAAAUUCAAAACCCGUUCCGGCUGCCAUGGAAGUGGAGGAGAGUGAACCGGAGGAGGCGCUUGCAGAUGAGCCACAAAAGGAGACUGGGGAGUCAAAUGCCUCAGAUGACGACGAUGAAAUGGACCUGGCCAGCUUCAAAGUCAGCUCCAGCACCUCCGCACCCACCAAAAAACGCAAGAAGGGCAUUAUCUACAUAUCCAAUAUACCCAAACACAUGAAUGUGACCCGUCUGCGGGAAAUCCUGGGCGAGUAUGGAACCAUCGGAAGGGUUUACCUGCAGCCGGAGAAGCUGUCAAGUGCCAAGGUCAAGAAGAACAAGCGGAAGCGCUACAACAUCCACUUCACCGAGGGCUGGGUGGAGUUUGAGUCGAAGCGAGUGGCCAAGCAGAUCGUUCCCCUGCUGAACAACAAGCAGAUCUCCACGCGAAAGAAGUCGCAGUUCUACGACUCGCUGUGGUCCAUGAAGUACCUGCCCCGGUUCAAGUGGGUGCACCUCACCGAGCGGAUGAACUACGAGCAGGCGGUGCACAAGCAACGGCUCCACACCGAGGUCUCGCAGGCCCGCAAGGAGACCACCUUCUUCCAGAACAAUCUCGACAAGAGCGAGUUCCUCAAGAAGCAGGCCAAGAAGGCCAAGAAAGCCGAAAAGCAAGCUGCCAAUGGCGAGAGCGAGACCUGAACCCUCCACAGACUGUUGUUUCUAUGUUUACCUGGUUGGAAAUAAACUUAAAUUAAGCGAG